AUGGUUAUGGUGAGGGUCGGAGGGGUCGGGGUUGGGGUCGGGAUUGGGGUCGGGGUCGGGGUCGGGGUCGGGGUCGGGGUCGGGGUUGGGAUGCUGCUGCUGACACUGCUGUGCUGCAGGUUCCACCGCGGGGAUUACACCGUGGAGGUGAGCAUCAACGACUACCUGGACAUUUACUGCCCGCACUACGAGGAGCCGCUGCCCGCCGAGCGCAUGGAGCGUUACGUCCUCUACAUGGUGAACUACGAGGGCCACGCGUCCUGCGACCACCGGCAGAAGGGCUUCAAACGUUGGGAGUGCAACCGCCCCGACUCGCCCAGCGGACCCCUCAAAUUCUCGGAGAAGUUUCAGCUCUUCACCCCCUUCUCGUUGGGCUUCGAGUUUCGCCCCGGCCACGAGUAUUACUACAUCUGUGAGUAGAUGUCUGCGCUGCAAACACUGCACAGCCCCAAGACAGCACCCACAGAACAUCCCCUGCUUUAACAUCCUCCUCCAGAGCUGCAGGAGGAGAACCAUGGGGAGCGAUCAGAGCAGAGUAACAGAAUGAAAAUAAAUGAGCGCCCGCGACCCCGGCGCCCAGCAUGGCACAGGAGGCACCGCCGCCGCUCUCCUCGCCGUGCUUUUCUCCAUUAUUAUUUCUCCCCCUUUUUCCUAAAGCAUCUGUUUGCGGCCCACUUAAUUUGUUCCUUUUAUCUAUAUUAAAUUACCAUUUUUCCCCCCUCGCUCUCUCCCCUGCAA